GACUAGGGUUUGGAGAGGGAGCUAAACAGCAGUACUAAGUCAAUUUCUUUUCCAAUGGUACUUCUUUAAUCUGUAACAAGUUAUAAAGCUUUGCUCCCAAGAAGAAAAAGCCUGACUUCACAAACUCCAGCUUCACCUUAGCCACAACAAUAAUAAUGAUUUCAGUAAAACCUUGCACUGACGAAUUUCCAAAGGUAAAAGACCAACAAAUUGUAACAGAUGGAGUUAACUGUAUGAUAGCCGGUAAUUAUUUGUCUCCCAUCUAUUUGGAAGAAAUACGUAAUAUGGAGUUAAAAGAAACAGACAUCUUGUUGGCCACUUAUACAAGGUCAGGAACAACAAUAACAAGGAGAUUGUUGUUGGUAAUGAUGUAUGGACCUGAUCGAGUGCUUAACACUGAGAAAAAUGAAAUGGACGAAAUAUCUCCUUUUCUAGAAUUUCAAGACUUUCAAACAGGAUAUUUUGGCUACCAUUGUGCGAAGAAAUUGCAAGAUGCUCCACAGCGUUUAUUAAAAACGCAUUUACCAAUUUGGCUAGCACCAAAAUCUGAAAAGGCAAAAAAGGUUAUUGUUGCACGAGAUGUGAAAGAUACCUUGGUAUCUACGUAUUACUUCUAUAAGAAUGAUAGCAACAACCCAAAAGAAAUAUAUAAUUCCCUCGAGUUUGAAACAUUUUACAAAAUGUUUAUGUCAGGUGCAAUUCUUUACGGAGAUUGGUAUCAAUGGUAUAGAGGGUGGCUAGAUGCCUCUGAUGAAAAUACUCUUUUGUUACAUUACGAGGAUUUCAUCAGAAAUUUUGAGGAAACAGUUACAAAACUUGCAAAAUUUGUUGGUGUAGAAAUGACAUCUGAAUUGAUGUCUAAAUUAAAAGAAGCAGUUGAUUUUAAACGCAUGAAAAAAGAAUUGAGUGUUCCAUCAAUGAAAGAUUUUGUGCGCAAAGGAGUCAUUGGUGACCAUCAGAAUUACUUAGAUGAAGAACAAAUCAAGUUUUUGAAUGAAAAAUGCCAAGAAAUUGUUCCUGAACUUUUAAAAUGAUUAUUUUUUAUAGAGAUUGCUUAAUAUCCUCUAUUAAACAUUUUCAAGUGCAAUGCUAAUUAAAUUUGUGCUUGAGAAACAAAGCUGGUUUCUUUCGAAAGAGCUCUCGAAAUAAAAAAAAUUACAGUUUUUUCAAAGCUAACUGAUUGUCCGAUUUAUACGUAAAAUGUACGAGGAUGUAAACUGGAUAUAUUUCCAAAAGAGCCUAAGUUGUAAGCAUAUAUGCCAUGUCUAUAAAAUGCUGACGAUGCAUAAUAAAAAUACCUCGUUCA